CUGGAGAGCAGCAGGCUUGCAAUCAAGAAGGCAGUAAAAGGAUGAAGCUCCUUCUCCUUGCUCUCUUGGUCUUGGCCUUAUGGGCUCCUCCUGGCUGGGCUGCCAGGAAAAAACCCAAAAGCCCGACCCAGGGCUUGAGUCCCCCCUCCUCUCCAGCUGCCCUAAAGGUGCCAGCCCAGCCAGCGAAGAGCCAACACCAGCUCACAGCCAGUGAGCUCAUCCCAGGAAAAGGUGUGGCAGUGGAAGAGACAACUAAGUCUGCAGCAGGUGCAGGAAGUGUGACAGCAGAAAAAGAGUUCCACCGGAAAGGAAGAACGUUUUCAGUUCAGAAGAACAGCAUCUUGAGGAGAAAGGAGCCAGCUGUUCGUCACCUGGACAGCCAAAGUCUGGGAAAAGGAGUUGUAGUCAAGAAGGAGGAACUAGCCCAAGCUGGGAAGAAGGUGUUGGGCACUAAGAAAAACGAGGCCAACAGUACCACUGCCAGAACCGAAGUUACUGGCUCUAAUACAAACAUCGGCCUAAGCCACGCAGGGGGUUUGAGCCAUCAUACAAAGGAAAUACCAGUGAAGGGAGAGGUUGCUUCCCACCGGACAAAGACAAGAAAAGAAUAUGUUGCAGUCACACACAGGAAUGCAACUCAUUCACAGAAAGGAAAAGUGUCAAGUUCUUGGCACAGAAAUGAAAGCCAAGAACGUUCUAGUUCUGCUCCCAAAAAUGUUCCUCUAAAAAACAAAAAAGAGCCCAAAUUCCUCCCUAGAAAUGCCACCCGGACCUUGUUGCCAAAGAAGAACCUCUUCUCAUCAGGGAAGGACCAUCACACUCACCACAGAAAUAACAGCCACACACUGAUGCAGAAGAAGCCUAACAAUACCUCAAGGAACAUCACUCAGGCACAGGAAGCAAAAGAGGCUAGGUUUCUCCACAAAAAUGUCAGCCGGGACCUGCCAGGGAAAGACAGUGGCACACUUUUCACGAACAUCAGUGGGACAUCGCCAGAACUAAAGCAAGCCAUCUUCCAGAGGAAUACUAGCCGGGCACAGUCAUAUAAGAAGUCCAUUGUCCCUCACAGAAAUGCCAGCCAGGUACUACCAGAGAAGAAAUCUGGCACUGUGCACAGGAAUAUGAGCUGGGUUCAAGCUAGGAAGGCUCCCAUUCCUUCCCAGAAGAAUGCCAGCUGGGUGGUGCCACAGGAAAGGCUCAGGCCUUCUCUUAGGAAUGCUAGCCAGGCUCUGCCAAGGAACAGACACAGCACCCACCAAAGGAAUAUCACCUGGACUGAGGUUAGAAAGGAGAGCAGACAUCCUCACAAGAAUGCCAGCUGGGACUUGCUGAAGAAAGAGCCCAUUGCCUCCCAGAGAAAUCUUAGCCAGGAACUGGGAAGGACAAAGCAUGGGGCUCGCCACAGGAUUCAUGGCCACACAGGGGCAAGGAAUGUAUCUAGUGCCCCUUUGAGGACAACUUCUCGAACAGAGACUGUAGUGAAAGAACAUGGACCAUCUCAUCGGAAGGGCAUCAGAGUUGGAACAGUUACACCGAGAUGGCGGCUCACAGUACCAACAGGAAGGGGUGAACCCAUAAUGCCAUCCCUGCCAAUGACCUGCCUGCUUUCUGAACAUGCCAUUGCUUGUGGCAAUGCCCGCCUUAAACACGUGCCCAAACUGAAUGACUCCGUGCUCAAAACCCUGUACCUGGCAGAGAAUGAGAUCACCAACAUCCCAGGUGGGAUUUUCUUGGGUUUGCCUAAUCUGGAAUGGUUGGAUCUCAGCAAGAACAAGCUGGAUUCUGCAGGUCUGCAUCCAGAAGCAUUUAAGAACCUCACCAAGCUGAAGCGUCUGAAUCUAGAUGGGAACCAGCUUACCACAGUCCCAGCCUUACCCAGUUCGCUACAGGAACUAAAGAUGAACGACAAUCACUUAGAAGGUCUUCAGAGGCACAACUUCCGAGGCCUCUUCAAGCUGCUCACCCUGGAGCUAGAGGGAAACCAACUGCAUGAUGGGAACGUGCUCCCUACUGCCUUCAAGCCCCUGGGCAGACUCAUCUAUCUGCGACUGGACCGGAACCGCUUUCGGGCAAUCCCAUCAGGUUUGCCUGCAUCCUUGCAGGAGCUGCACCUUGAUUCCAACCGCAUUGAGGAAGUAACUGAGAGUGUUCUUAACAAAACCCUGAAUCUCACAGUGCUGGUUUUGAGCAACAACAAACUCCAGGAAGACCGUAUUGCUCCACGUGCCUGGAUAGACCUCCCGAAGUUGGAGGCACUGGAUCUGUCCCACAACCGCUUGGCACACGUGCCCUCGUUCCUGCCCCGGCACCUGAAGCAGCUAACCCUGCAUCACAACUGCAUAGAACGUAUCCCUGGCUAUGUCUUUGCCCACAUGAAGCCAGGAUUGGAAUUCCUGCAUCUCUCACACAAUGUCUUGCAGGAUGAUGGCAUCCAUGCAGUCUCCUUCUUGGGGCUCUACCGCUCACUCGCGGAACUGCUCUUGGACAAUAACCAGCUCCAGUCCAUUCCUCGUGGCAUUUUGAACUUAAAGGGCCUUCAGGUUCUGCGACUGAGCCACAAUCGUAUCAGAAACAUCCCUCUGAACUCUGUCUGUGACACUCGUGUGGCGGAGGACUCCAACAUUGUGUCAAUGCACCUGGAAAACAACUUGAUUGACCGCCGCCGCAUCCCACCAACGGCCUUCUCCUGCAUCAAAGCCUAUCACAGUGUUGUACUACGGCCACAGGAGAACGAAGAGGAAGACUACUAAGGAGACACUCCUGCCAGAUCCUUCCCAAGAACUGUGAAGGGCUCACAAAACUAUGGGAGAAAAAUGCCCCACCUGUCCUGGGGAUGGUUAUAGGGGAGGAGGCUCUUGCUCUUCAGGAUUUUACAGUGUUAGCAGGGGGCAAGAAAUGAUGUACCUAUCCAGAACUCUCUUCUCUAUGGGUGCAUCUGCACUGUAGAAACAAUGCAGUUUGACGCCACUUUAAGUGCUACAGCUCCAACCUAUAGAAUCCUAUAGCUUUACAAGGGCUUUCACCUUCUCCGCCAGAGAGUGCUGGUGCUUCACAAAACUACAAAUCCCAAGAUUCUGUAAGAUGGCAGUUAAAGUGGUGUCAAGCUGCAUUAUUUCUACAGUGGAGAUGCAACCUCCAACUGUUGUUUCAUAUUCCUUCCUUCUUUGAAAGGUACACCUUUUGGGGCCAGUCUUAUAAAUUGCUAGUUUUCUUGUAAUGAGAGAGUGUGGUAAACCUAUGGCGGGUCUUAUCUGCCUGCUUUUACAAAUAUAUUAAUGUGGAAGAUCAGGUAAGCACCCAGGCCAAUACUGAGCAUCUGUAAAACCACACUGAUUUUCUCCUCCAGCUUCUUAAGCUCCCAAUUCUUCACCUUGCCCAAGGCCCCAUCAUCUUUCAGUCUCAAAGAUGCUAUAAGAUCUCUCUACAUACUGAUUCUACAGACUAACACGACUAUAUUUUGCAUUCUACCACUUAAAAGUGUGUGUGUGUGCCUUCAAGUAGCCUGUUCACUUAUGGUGACCUCAUGAAUUUCGUAGGGUUUUUUUAGGCAAGGAAUACUCAGUCAGAGGUGUUUUUCCCAGUUAGCCCUACUCUCUGCAAUAGCUGAUUAUCUUGCUGCAGUAGAGCUGUAGCAUACAUAUCCUCCUGUUUUCCUAUUUCCUUACAAAGAGUGGUUUUCUUAUUUCCUUACAAAUUCAUAUAUUCAACAGUGUGUUCACUCAGAUAUUCAUCUCUCAUUCUGUCUUCCAUAAGUAGACAGACAUCCAUCUAAGAAGCUAUGUGACCAUUAUUUCACACUUUUAGGUGUUUCCACACACUACCAUGCAUAUGCUCCUCCCAUGACACAUUUCCAUAUCAUCCAAUUCUUCCAGUUUGGCAGGGAAAGUCCCAAUUACAGUAAUCCUGUAUCAUCCAACUUUCUCCAGCUGCUUUUUAAAUGUCCCAUUUUCUCUCUCCUCCUACCACUUUUCUGGUCAUCCUCAGCUUACUUCCAUUGCUACAAACUUAAU